GAAAUUCUGGAAGCUUUAUUCAGUGACCCAGACAAGUAAAAACAAAACGCUUCCAAUGGCACGUCCUUUUAAAACCAACAACAAAAAUCACAAUCACACCACAGGGAAAGAGUGAGAGAAAGAAAGCUUAAGAAACGAAGGAGAUGCAACGGUUCAGCAACACAGUGAUCGGAUUCUUGAACUUCUUCACUCUGUUGGCAUCAAUACCCAUAAUCGGAGCAGGUCUAUGGAUGGCAAGGAGCAACACAAGUUGUGAGAAUUUUUUCCAAACGCCACUGUUGGUGAUAGGGUUUGUGGUGCUUGUGAUUUCCCUCGCCGGUUUCGUAGGGGCGUGCUUCCAUGUGGCAUGGGCAUUGUGGGUGUACUUGCUCAUCAUGGUGUUGCUCAUUAGUGCCCUUUUUGGUUUGACCAUAUUUGGGUUCGUUGUGACUGAGCAGGGUGGGGGAGUGGAAGUGCCUGGUAGGGCUUACAAGGAGUACCAUCUUCAACGCUAUUCGCCAUGGUUCAGGAAUCGGAUCCAGGAUCCUCAGUAUUGGAGCACCAUUAGAAGCUGCAUUUUGGGCUCCAAGACAUGUUCCAAGCUUGCCCUUUGGACCCCUCUUGAUUACAUGCAGAGGGAUAUGUCCCCCAUUCAGUCCGGGUGUUGCAAGCCACCAACGUCGUGCAGUUACAACGAGGAAAGCGUUACAGUGACGCAAGAUCCAGAUUGCUACCGUUGGAACAACGCUCCGACACUGCUAUGUUACGAUUGCGAGUCUUGCAUGGGUGGUGUGCUGGAAAACAUGAGAAGGGACUGGCACAACAUCUCUGUUCUUAACGUUGUCGUUCUUGUUUUUCUCAUAGGGAUUUAUUCCAUUGCCUGUUGUGCUUUCAGAAACGCAAGAAGAGCUCAAACUGAUUAUCCUCACGGUCACAACCGCAUGACCAAAGUUAAACCCAGAUGGGAUUACUAUUGUUGGAGAUGGUGGUAUAACAAGAAGGAGGAGCUUUUUUGAAUUUAUGCAUGCAAUAACCAUCACUGUGUUCUUGAUUACUCAAAAAGGGAGGACAAUUUUCUGCUUUCUCAGUAAAUGCCCUAUGUUUUUACAUCAUCACAAUAUUGUACAAAUCCUGUUGCUUUUUCUCAAAAAGAUUAUAACAGAUCUCUGCCUUUCCACUUUACUUUAAUUUACACAUUUGCUUUUUAAUU